AUGAUCACCCCCGUCGCGAUGACCAUUCACGGUGUGACUACCAGGACCGGGGCGACGGCUAUGGGCGCGGUGUCGGGUAUGCUGGUGUUCCACGCAGACGAAAUCCUCUCUCCAAGCACGGUGCUCCUCGAAGUCGAAGCCGUGGUCGUGAUGGCAAAGAUCGCACUAGUAAUUGGCGUGACAGCGGCUAUGGUGACCGCAGCCGUCAAAUUACUUCGAUCCUGCAUGAAAAUUCUAGCACAUUCGAUGCCCAUGGCAGAACCUCUAAGGAUUUAA